AUGGCAGACAACCACCCCGACUUCGACGUCUCCUGGAUCCGAGAACUCCUCUCACAGCCCGACACGCGUCCCCUUACCAACCCACCUGGCCACCCACAAUCGAAGCCCUCACCAGGCGUAUCCAACUCCCUGUUCUCAGAAACCCUCGCAGCAAACUCCCCAGAUGCGAUCCGCGCCCAGUUCAUGUUCACGCGACCUGUCCCGAUCGCCGACCCAACAACAUCAUCGUCUAGCGCGACCAUAUCGUCACCAACAACUCAGCCUGUCGAGCAAUGCAUGCUCGUCUCCUUAGGCCGCGGCGUAGACGGAAAGCUCGGCCGUGCACACGGCGGCUUCUCGGCCCUGCUGCUGGACCAUGUGCUGGGAAGGACGGCAGCCGUAGAGAGCGGUGCUACGGCGCCGGCAACGGCGACCAUGACAGUGGAUUAUAAGGCCCCGGUUGAUACGCCGGGAGUGGUGCUUGUGAGGGGCUGGUUGGAGAAGCUUGAGGGGAGGAAAGCGUGGGUGUGUGGGACCGUGGAAGGGGAAGGAGCGAAGGUUAUGGCGACGGGCAGGGCACUGUUUAUUGCGCCGAAGAUUGGGAAGAUCUGA